CGGAGGCUACGUUCUAGGCCCCGCCCACUCAUGCUCGCUCCACCCCACCUCGGCGCGCGCAGCUGAAAGUGAAAGAGCGCUCAGCUUUUCGGCGCUCGCUCUUUCUGGUCUGGUCUCCCGCGCUUGCCUGGUCUAGGCUGUGGCCCGGUGGCUGGCGGGAUGGAGGAGCCGCAAGCCGCCGCGGACGUGUCGCUUCACAACUUCAGUGCGAGGCUGUGGGAGCAGCUCGUCCACUUUCAUGUCAUGCGGCUAACGGACUCGCUCUUCCUGUGGGUGGGGGCAACGCCGCAUCUACGCAACCUCGCUGUGGCCAUGUGUAGCCGCUUCGAUUCCAUCCCUGUGUGCACCUCCCUUUUUGGAGACACUUCUGAUACGACUUCCACCGGCCUUGCUCAGCGUUUAGGAAGACCAGCAAACAGGUGUUUGUCAGCUACAACCUCUCCAAUACAGACAGUAACUUCACGUUACUCGUAGAAAACAGGAUUAAAGAAGAAAUGGAGACCUUUCCGGAAAAGUUCUGAGCAGCAGAAGGAAGUGUUUGUAACUUGUAUAUAAAUUACAUGGAAAUAAACAGGUUGUUUUUGUCCUCA